ACUCAAAUGUGAACAUUUUAUUCACCGGACUGGAAGUAAAUUUCGCCGAACUUACCAAAACAAAACAUUCAAAAAUUCUUAAAAAUCACAUUUCUUUCUGUUUAAAAUGGAAAUUGAUGAAGAUAGAAACAAUAAAAUGCGUGCGAUUGCAUCGGAAUUGAACAUAUUAACAAGAUCGGAUGGAUCUGCAAUUAUCACUCAAGGAGGAUCAUGUUGUAUUGCAUCAGUUAAUGGUCCACUAGAAGUUUCACCAGCAAAUAUAGACAUGAACAAAGCUUAUGUUGAAGUUAUUUACCGGCCAAAAUGUGGUUUGCCGGGAGUUAAUGAAAGAUACAAAGAGAAGAUUGUAAAAAGUCUUUGCGAAACUUGCAUCAUCACACAACUCUAUCCAAGAACUCAAAUAACAGUUCAAGCCCAAGAAAUGGAUGAUCAUGGAGGACUUCUAGCGUGUGCAAUAAACGCGGUAAACCUUGCAAUCAUGAACAGCGGUUUGGAAAUGAAAUUUCACAUGGCAGCAAUUCAUUGUGGACUUGACAGUGAUGACAAUCUUAAUAUUGAUCCCGAAUAUGUUCCAAAAGCAAAUCUCACUUUUUCUCGAAUUCAGAGGUCAUCAAGAAGCCAAAAUUUUAAAGGAAACUUUACAUUUGUAUUUGACAGUACGAAGAAGUCAUUGAUUGGUGUCAACACUGAUGGAAAAUUCACAAUCCAGCAAUACAAUGAAGCUCAAAAGCUUUGCAAAGAUGCAAGUCGAAAAAUAUUCGAUUUCUACAGAGAAAUGGUGAAAAAGUAUGCAACUGUUUUGUAAAACUUAUUAAAACUUUUCUCAUAAUUGCAAGAAACUUUACAAAGAAAAUAAUAAAAGCUUCAAUGUUCGCUUCAAUGUCCAAAUUAAUACAAAUUAUCUAAAAUGUUUCAAUCAUAAUAAAAUAUUAUAAAUAAUUGUCAAUA